UAACUAAAAAACACAGAAAAGCGCCAUCUGUUGAGAAGGAUUUUGUUUUCAAUGAGACGUCUCGUUCCGGCUUUCGAACAGUGUGCUAGUGUGACGUCAGACGUUACGACUUCUUCUUGCUGUCAAUCCGCUUUCCAAAACAAAACAUGUAAACAAACAAAUCGGCGGUUCAAAAGUAUAAAUGUUAAACACUAGAGCAACAAAAUGAGUUCCAAACAUUGCCGCAUAUGCUACAAACUAGAUCAGGACGACCUCAUCUCAGUGCGGCUGAAGCAGGAUGGCAUAAGCAUCGAGGAGAUGGUACUGACCAUCACAAGCAUUUCCGUGUCCGACGAUCGUCGCCUACCACAAAACAUUUGUCUCCAGUGUUUGGACCGAUUGAAGGAAGCGGUCGAACUGCGCCAGCAAUGCAUCCGCACGCACGAACGGCUGUGUGCGGAGCUAGAUUCGAACCAUGGUAUGCUUGUGGAAGAAAACGAACAAAUUAAAGCAGAACCGGACGAUGUGUCGUGCGACGAUGCUUCGGUCGUUAUCGAAAAGAUCGAAAUCGAUGAUGCGCUAAAUCCGGAAUCGGAACAGUCUGCCAACGACACGGACGAGGAGCACUAUGAAGCAAUCGAGGGGGAAGAGUUUGCGUGCUGUGGAUGUGCCAUGCGGUUCAGCACCCGUGAUAAGCUAGACGAGCACGCCACGCUGCAUCAUCGGAAUGGAAGCAGAAAGCUGCGUUCCGGUGCGUUUCACUGCCCAAUGUGCUACCAAUCGUUUCCAGAUCGUACGAUGCUCGAUCGUCAUCGAGAGGAGCUAAAUCCCAGCCAGCGGGAAACGAUUGCAGUCGAAGAAAACGAAAUGACCGAUGAAGAGGAGGACGAAGAUCAAGCAAACGAAAGCGUGCGGGAUGAAAGCGGCAGCGAAGAACAGACCAAACCUGAUUCAACGGAACGGCUCCAGAGGGCAAGCAUACAGAGGGCAAUCUGUCGCUUGCCGGGGAACAGUUUGCUGGUAGUAGCAGAGGAACCACAAGGCUAUCUGAUUGUGGAGCUGCAGCCACACCGGUGUUGCUGCUGCGCGGAACUCUUCCAAACCGAGCAGGAUCUUAACAAACAUCUAGAGGAAAGGAAGCGUAGCAACGGCGUGAGCGGACCUACCGAUCCGGAGCUGAAAUACACCUGCGAGUACUGUGGCAAACGGUUUGCGUACUGGUUGGUGUACCUGUGCCACAAGCGCGUCCGGGACCAGCGCCAGUUUUACAUGUGCGGGCUGUGCGAUGCGCUGCUCGACUCGAAAAAGCGCAUGAUAUCGCACAUGCUGAUGUCGGACGAGCAUGCCGAUCAUUUCCAGCUUGCCCGGGCGAAUGUCGCCGAUCGGUACGAAGCGAUUGAAUGGCCGGGAGUGCGUUGCUGUUGCUGCAAGAAGUAUUUCGCGCAAGAAGCGGAACGGAUGGAGCACAUGGCUCGAGAGCAUGGUGUAUCGAAGACAGCCUUUGCCGCGGAUCACCCGCACAGUUGCAGGGUUUGUGGCCGUCAGUUUAGAACCGUACGGCACCUGGAACGUCAUCAACAGUACAGCGAGGACGUUAAGGAGUACUACUGCAAGCUGUGUGACUUUCAGACGCUCAAUCCUCGACGCAUGGAGCUUCACCUGUACAGUGGCAUUCAUCGCGAUGAGCUACCGGCCACGGUUGAACUGAAAUCGCUUCAGAAUAACCAACUGAAAGCAUCCCACUUACGGUACUGUUGUUUCGAAGACUGCCACCAACCGUUCGCCGAUGGGCCGGCCCUUCGGCGGCACGUACACGAGGCACACGAAGCAGCGCUCACGGCGAACCGGCAGCAGACGAGCAAAUUAAGCCAACUGCUACAGUCCGGAACGUACCACGCGUGUGACGAUUGUGGCGUACUGUUCAGGAACCUUCCCGCCCUACAAGCGCACCGUGUUCGGCGACCGGCCCGCCAGCAAGCGCUCGUGUGCGCGAUUUGCGGUGUAUCGAAGAGCUCCCGGACGUUGCUGCGCAUCCACGAACGUUCGCACACCGGCGAACGCCCGUAUCGGUGCAACGAUUGCGACAAAACGUUCUUCAGCAAUCAGGCGCUACUGUCCCACCGCCGGUGCCAUCUGACCGGCACGUACAAAUGCGACACCUGCGGGAGUGUGUUCAAUCGGAAGGAAAAUCUUAACCGGCACAUUCUGCUCAAGCACGGCAUAGCCACCAUCCCGUGUGCCGAUUGUCCGAAGCUGUUUAAAACGAUGCACACGCUAAACCGGCACCGGCUAAUGCACACGGGCGAGAAGCGGUACCGGUGCCGGACGGCAUCCUGCGACAAACGGUACGUCAACGAGGUCGAUCGGCGCCGGCACGAGAUGUCGGUGCACACGCUCGAACGGCCGCACCGGUGUGCGCACUGUGGGGCCGGGUUCAUCCGGAGGCGGCAGCUGACGGUACACGAGCGGCGGCACACGGGCGUGAAACCGUACGUGUGUCCGGUGUGCGGGAAGGAUUUCGUGGAUGUGGGCCCGCUGAGGAGUCAUAUGCGAAACGUUUGCAAACGGACGGUGGAUGGGGAGAUGGGGGAGGGAAGCGACUCGUGAGCCCAUGCCCAAUUUUAACAAGAACGGUGUCCUUUAUCCACCGUUUCCAUUAAGGCAUCUCGAGGUCUGUAGUGCCAAGGAAGAAGGAGAACAUAUUCUAGGGGAUCAGCCCCGUUGCAGUGAAAAUAGUGGAAAGUUUGGAUUUGAAAUGAACCCCGGAUGCUACAUAGCAUAUCCAAAGACCAGAAAUGCUUUUGAACUUGAAAUUGGAAUGGUAGGCUAAAAGCAUGUGGUUAAAGAGCGAGCUUUCUUAUAGCAGGAACAGGUUCCCCGUUGCAAGGAAUAAGUAUCCGGCUAUAUAGUA